GUACGGAAUCGAGAGGGCCGUUACGCAGAGCAUGCCGGGAAAAGGGCGUUCUCCCUGCCAUUUCCCACUCCGAACUCAGCCCCGCACGGCAUUCUGGGGGAGGAAAAAUAACGUAGGCGCCGCCAUAUUGUCGUACGGUAACUGAGGAACAAGACCCCUCGGGGACAUACCGGAAAUACACCCUGGGCCUCGCGCCGCGGUGUGUGAUGGGAAAAGGCCUCGGGAUGUAUUUCCGGGGAGGGGUCGGAGCGGGAGGUUUGAGCGCGAGUUUCCAUAGCGACCGCGGAACAGACAAUCUUGUGACGUUCCUAGUGCCUUUGCAGUGUAAUUCCAUGGGGAAAGUACCACGCUAGUCCAAGUCCUCUGUUCCACACCAUACACUCUCGGCAUUGCUUAAAAACUAAACUUCACAAUGGAAGAGGCAACAGCUUACCUGAGAGAUGGGGUCCUGUCCCAUCUGGAAAAGCUGGAAGCUCAUGCACGGACACUAGCACUGAAGCAAGAAGAAACUCAGCAGCAACAGGAGAAGUUGGCCAGGCUCCGAGCAAGAGUCCAGGAACUGAGACUCCAGAGAGAUGAACUCCAGACCAAAGUUAACCUACAGCAAGUUGGGCUCAUCAGGCAGGAAAGGGGCACUGGCAGUAAUGUGGAGCCCAUUCAAGCAGUGGAGGCCAGAGGGAAAGCUCUUCUAAAAUGGGAAGUGGAAAAUGUCAAGUCCAUGCUGCAAGCCUUUCAUCUGACAGGGAUUAGUGGGAAAUUGACCAAACAAGGAGUCUGUUUCUGCAUCAGCACUGCUUAUGAACGCACCUACCUGGAUUCCUACUACCUGGACCUCCUCAUACAGCAACCAGUCCAGAUUCGUCACCACUCUGUCCCCAUUUUCAUCCCCUUAGAGGAAAUAGCUAAGAAGUACUUACAGACUGACAUCAAACGCUUCCUGGCUAUGUUGUCUGAGCACCUGAAUGCUUAUGCUGGAAGGAAAUACCAGGCAGAUCAGUUACAGGAACAUUUUUCAGCUUUCCUUGAAGGAACCUUGCAGAGAAACCUCUUGCAGAAUGUCCUGCUCUUUAACUAUGACGUGGAAACAGAAAGCAAGACCUUUCCAUUCAGAGCAAAGCUGGUUUAUGGAGAUGUCACUCGCAGUCUUCCAACGGAGGCCAUAAUUACAUGUAAAGCAGGGGAUGUUUCUGCAUCACUGUUGGAGAAGACAGCAGCUCAUUCAAACUUGUUCUGCCAUACAGCUCUGCACAAAGCCUUUGAUUCCUUCAAAAGAGCAGCAGAAAGACUGGAACAAACGGCAUAAGUGGACAGCACCUGUCCCCAGAUCCCAUGUACUUACUGUGCCUUCUGAUCACUGGAAAGCUCCUUGGGAGGCUGCUUUUCAAACUGGACUGCAGCCACGUUGCAGGAAAAUGCCGGAGGAACAGCUAAAACAGGUAAUAGUAUUGAGAACACUGGAUCCUUGCGUGGCGAUUAGAUGUUUGUUCUCCAGAUAGCCUUGUAGAGCUCCUCCCCUCUUGUGUAUUGCUAAAGGAUUGUUGAAAGACUAAUAACAUAGUUGCUACUGUGGCUCCAUAAUACUUCGCCAGACUGGAAAGAAAACAGAUGUGGGAAAUCUCUUUCACCAUUGGAAUGGGAAACGAGAGACUUUCAGAACUGUCAAGUCAACUUGACAAAAAUGUGACGAAUCAGCCCUCGUGAAAGCUACCAGGAAGUGGCCUCGGUGCCUGCAGUCUUUCCUCUAGCCCUGUAAUUUCUGCAGGGCUCCGCAAUGGUUCUGCUGUAUGGGUCAGGCUUAUGUUAUAGCACUUAUACUCUUAAACUUGUUACUAAAUGUGCCUCAUGACUAAAGCAGCGAUAAUCUUAAAAAUCUAAUUUAUGUGUUACUAUGGUAGCGUGUGGUUAUUUCUCUCAAGUAGGAUGAGUGAUAUUUGACUAGGCAGAUUUUCUUCACGCUUCUCAUGUAUCAGCCCAGUGCAACAGUGUUUGAGUUGCACAUACUGCAGAGAACUGUUUGAUUUUAAAAAUUCCUCUGGAAUAAAACAAAUGUUAGAUUUUAUUAUAAGCCCUGCAGGAGGCCAAAUUUAGCCUGCUCUUCCCUUAAAUUACAACCUGAAGUUCUGAUACAUUGGCCUAGAUUUUUUUUAUUACAGCUGCAUCAUUUCUGAGUAGAAAGUUGUUGAAAGCUAAUUUGUAGGGGGUUCUAAUGAAGAUUUACAAAGAAUUGAGCAGAUUGUUGCAGAAAUACUUGAUUCUCAAUUGCAAUCGUUUGUCAUAAGAAUGGCCAUAUUGGGUCAGACCAAAAGUCCAUCUAGUCCAGUAUCCUGUCUUCUGACAGUAGCAAAUGCCAGGUGCUCCUGAGGGAGUGAACAGAACAGGGGAUCAUCAAGCGAUGUCUCUCCUGUCAUCCAUUUCCAGACUCUGACAAACAGAGGCUAGGGACACCAUUCCUACCCCUCCUGGUUAGUAAGUAUUGAUGGCCCUAACUUCCAGGAAUUGAUCUAGUUCUUUUUUGAACACUGUUAAAGUCCUGGUCUUAUCCUCUGGCACAGAAUUCCAUGGGUUGACUGCAUUGUGUGAAGAAAAACUUCUUUUUGUUUGUUUAAAACCUGUUACCUAUUAAUUUCAUUUGCUGCUUUGAACUAACCCCUCUUCCCUCCUCUCCACCCC